AUGGCCGACCGCACUUCGACGGAUGUGGAGGAAAGUCCGCGAGUCCAAAUGGCGACCAAGUCCAUGUGGCAAUCGCUUUAUGAAAAUCCCAAAAUUUUGCUGAUUGCCUUCUUUGCGUCUCUCGGUGGUUUCGAAUAUGGCUAUCAACAGGGUGUCCUUGGCCAAAGUUUGGUCAUGACACGCUUCACUGAGAAUUUCCCGUCUGUCGUAGCAUCCACAUCGGCUACCGGGUGGCUGACAUCGAUCCUGCAAGUCGGCGGUAUUAUCGGCUCCCUUUCGGCUGGUGUUCUGGGCGAAAUCAUCUCUCGAAAGUACACCAUGUUUAUCGCGUGUUGCUGGGUGACUCUCGGUUCAUAUCUGUACAUCGGUGCCACCGCUGGCAAUCCCGCCAUGCUCUACGCCGGUCGCUUCUUCACUGGUCUCGGCGUGGGCUUGUUCAGUGGUGUGUCUGGUCUUUACAAUGCUGAGAUCUCACCUCCAUCGAUGCGUGGUCUCCUGGUCUCCUUCUACCAACUUGCAACUAUUCUCGGCAUUAUGAUCUCCUUCUGGGUCGGAUACGGCAGCAACUACAUCGGGGGCACUGGCGAGGGUCAAUCUGACCUCGCUUGGCGUUUGCCUUCAAUUAUUCAGGGUAUUCCUGCUGUCUGCCUGGCCUGCGGUAUCUGGUUCAUGCCCUUCUCUCCCCGAUGGCUGGUCAAGCAGGGCCGUGAUGAGGAAGCCCAGGCAACUCUCGCCUGGCUGCGCAAGCUCCCCAUCGACGAUGAUUUCAUCCAGAUUGAGUAUCUUGAGAUCAAGGCUGAGUCCGUCUUCGAGGAGCGUGCGUUUGCCAAGGCUGCGCCUCACCUUGCCGAGCGCGAGCGUCAGAGCGUGUGGAUGAACCAGAUUGCGCAGUACGCCAACUGCGUUCGCUCCAUGGACAACUUCAAGCGUGUCAGUAUUGCUUGGCUCAUCAUGUUCUUCCAGCAGUGGAGUGGUAUCGAUGCGAUUAUCUACUAUGCUUCCAACGUUUUCCAGUCCCUUGGUCUCACUGGUGGCACUAUCGCCCUCCUGGCUACCGGUGUUACUGGCGUUGUCUUCUUGAUCUCUACUAUCCCGGCCAUGUUGAUCAUUGACAAGGUCGGUCGCAAGCCUAUGCUCAUCGUUGGCUCUAUUGUCAUGUUCUGCAGCAUGGUGAUUGUUGGAAUCAUCGUCGCCAAGUACCAGCACGACUGGCCUGGCCACGUGGCCGCUGGUUGGACUGCCGUUGCUCUCAUUUGGCUCUACAUUGCCGGAUUCGGUGCCACCUGGGGUCCCUGCUCCUGGACGCUUGUUUCCGAGAUCUUCCCUCUUUCCAUUCGCGCCAAGGGUGUCUCCAUCGGCGCCUCGAGCAACUGGAUCAACAACUUCGCCAUUGCCUUCUUCGUGCCUCCCAUGCUCCAGUCCUGGCAGUGGGGCACCUACAUCUUCUUCGCUGCUUUCCUCUUUGUCGGCAUCUUCUGGGUUUGGUUCUUCCUCCCCGAGACCAAGAAUGCCACGCUGGAAGAGAUGGACCGCGUGUUUGGAAGCAAGAAGAACCAGGAAGAUGCCGCCUUGCUGCGCGAGGCUCAGCGCGACGUUGGCCUGACUGCCUUUUUGGAGGGAUUGGGCUCGCCAAAUAAUGCUGAUCUGGAGAAGAAGCACGGCUCUGACUAUGUCGAGUCUGUUUAA